UAAAUAUAUCAUGCGUUCAUAUCUCCUCAUUGUCGACCAUUCCUCCAUCAUCACGACAAGCUGCGUUUCUGGGAAAAUUUUAACCGUUCGUUAAAAUGCAGGGUGUGGUAGUAGUCUCGCUGGUGGGAUUCUCUGUUGUUUGGACAGUGGUGCUGUCUGGGUAUACUGCAGCCUCGGCAGGAUUGUCAAACAGCACAGAUUGUGAAAUCUACGCAGGCGACAUAGUUUUUGUUCUGGACGAGUCGGGUAGCAUUAAGAAAGAGAAUUGGGAAAAAGUUCUCGCCUUUGUCCAAGAUGUAGUCCAAACGUUUGAUAUAGGCCCUGACAACACAUAUUUUGGGGUUGUCACGUUCGGCAAUGGAGCCCAAAAGCAGUUCGACUUGCAAUCUUUUCCAACCAGAGAUGGUUUAGUGGAGGCCAUUGGUAACAUCUCUUAUGGGGGAGGAGGAACUGAUACUGCAAAAGCCAUUGAUGUUCUGAGAUUGACAAUGUUUAACCCCAAAAACGAAAAAGGCGGUCGACCGGGUAUUCCUCAUAUUGGUAUCGUUCUAACCGACGGUCUCUCCACUGAACGUGAGGCAACACAGCAAAGCGCUAAAGAAGCUCGGGAUUCCGGCAUCAUUUUAUUCGCCGUUGGAGUCGGCCACACAGAUUACGAAGAGCUAAGGGGCAUAGCGAGCGAUCCCGAUGACUCCCACGUUUUUCAUGUGAAUGAUUUCAGCAGUUUUCAGCUCAUACAUGAUAAGCUGGUUCGUGACGUUUGCCAUGACUGUGAAAUCUACGCAGGCGACAUAGUUUUUGCUCUGGAUGAGUCGGGUAGCAUUGAGAAAGACGAUUGGGAAAAAGUUCUCGCCUUUGUCCAAGAUGUAGUCCAAACGUUUGAUAUAGGCCCUGACAACACAUAUUUUGGGGUUGUCACGUUCGGGAAUGGAGCCCAAAGGCAGUUUGACUUGCAAUCUUUUCCUACCAGAGAUGGUUUAGUGGAGGCCAUUGGUAACAUCUCUUAUGGGGGAGGAAGAACUGAUACUGCAAAAGCCAUUGAUGUUCUGAGAGUGACAAUGUUUAACCCCAAAAACGAAAAAGGCGGUCGACCGGGUAUUCCACAUAUUGGUAUCAUUCUGACCGACGGUCUCUCCACUGAACGUGAGGCAACACAGCAAAGCGCUAAAGAAGCUCGGGAUUCCGGCAUCAUUUUAUUCGCCGUUGGAGUCGGCCACACAGAUUACGAAGAGCUAAGGGGCAUAGCGAGCGAUCCCGAUGACUCCCACGUUUUUCAUGUUAAUGAUUUCAGCAGUUUUCAGUUCAUACAUGAUAAGCUGGUUCGUGACGUUUGCCAUGAUUUAUGCCCCAAGGACUGGAAGAGGAUAGGUAACAAAUGUUUCUUCCUGUCCUCAUACCAAACCUCCUGUCUCCAGGCCAGCAAGAGAUGUACUGCCCUUCACUACAAGGCACGGCUC